AUGCAGGAACAGGGCCCGUCCCGUCUCCCCCUAGGCGACAACAAGAUCUGGGCCAAGGAUGAGGACGAUUGGCUGGGCGUCACGAAUCAACAGGAGAGGAGGAGGAUCCAGAAUCGUCGCAAUCAGCGCGCCUUACAAGAAAGGGGGCACCUCGGAAGACAAAUACGGAGACGAAGGCCGACGGCGAGAUACGGCUUCCGGGCCGUGCUGGCUGGGCAAUCGCACGACUCUCAAUGGGUCGAGAUCACCGAAGCGACGAUCCAAGUGAUCAACCUAGUCCGGAUCCUCGAGCCCAGCUGGGAGGGCAACCAGAAGCUGACGCAAGGCUUCGAGUCCUUCGCGACCCGCAGCUACACAGCCCGCAUCGGAGCGCUGAGCUUCCUCCCCAGCGUGUCGCAGUACAACUUCAUCAAGGCGCUGUUCGCCAACAUGGCGGUCCUGGGCCUCUCGGAUGAAGAGAUGGACAACGAGGCACUCUCGCCCUUUAACAGGGGGCCCCACGGCCCCUCCCGGCUGCCGGCAGGUCGUGCCGCCGGCGGCCAGGUCGAGCUCCUCCCCACGGCCCUGCAGCCGACCGAGCUGCAGCGCGCGACGAUGCACCACCCGUGGAUCGACCUGCUCCCCAUGCCGGCCAUGCGCGAGAACAUCUUCCGCCGCGAUGCUGACUCGUUCGACGAGGAGGAGCUAUGCCACGCCAUGCGCGGCCAGGCGCCGGUACACAACCCGGGCCUGCUGGUCUGGCGUGACCCGUGGGACCCCACCGGCUGGGAGGUCACCGAAGACUUCGUCGCCUCGUGGCCCUGGGUCGUCGUCGGAUGUGCGGAUCUGCUGCGUUCGACCAAUGCCUGGCGGGCGCGACGCGGCGAGAGGGCUUUGUUUCGCUCGUCGCCGUGA